GUCCACAGUCUGUCCCGAGAUGUGUCGGACCAACUCGAGAGACGUGUACGCAGUAAUCGCCCCCUGUGUGGUAAUGGCCAAGUGCUUGGGGCUGGUGCCGCCCUACGAUAGUGACGAAGAUCUAAACAUUCGGCGCCGUUUGUUCAACCAGUUGCAGCUGAUUGCAACGUUUGUUAUUAUCAUUUGGAUGGCUUAUUUUUGCAUGAAAACUGAUCUGGAACUUCCCUCAGGAGGCUCGCUGGUAAUGAGUCAAAGUGGUGCUAUUUCGAUUUUUAUGUAUUACUUCCAGCCGAUAUGUGGAACAGUUGGUAAUCGAUUUCAUAACAAACACAUCAAUCGGGUUUAUGCAAGCAUUCAUGCAACAGACGAGAAGCUUGGGACAUUGGGUCACCGGAUUAAUUACAAUGACCAUUGGAAAGUAACCAUCAGUCUGACGAUAUUCAGUAUAGCUGCUUCUUUGAUUGUGGUCGCAAUGUAUGAAGUCGUAUACGACUUUCGAUACAUAGUAGGAGCCAUUUUCUUCUUAUUACAUUAUGUGACAUUAUGCAAUUAUGCAAUCAUCCUUGCGUUACAGUUGCUGCAACGCUACCGCGCCUUAGUAGAAGUAUUUAGAAUGUACUUCCCGACGAAUCCAACCUGCAGCGGGUUUCCGUCGGUCCACACGGAGACGACCGUGUGCAGUGAGAAGGAACAGCUUACCGUCCUCAAACAGAUCAAAAUAUUGCACGACAAACUCAACGAUGUGGUGGAGUUGGUUAAUUACUGUUUCUCGGUGCAGAUAACAUUCUGCGUCGGGCUGUGCUUCGUCAUCGGCGUCGUCUGCUCGUUCGGGCUGUUCCGAGCUUUCAUCUAUCGCAACGAGCUGUUCUACAUGGGAGUACUGAACUUCAUCUGGUACAUGUACUAUUUGUUCUUUGUUCUGUUUUUCAUCGCCGUCGGAAGUAAAAUUACACGGGAGGGCAAACGCAUCGGAGUGCUGGUCCACAAGGCCAUCAACUGCUCUACCUCGAGUGCGGUCAUAAACGAGUUGAACAUUUUCUCCCAGCAAUUACUGCACCGCAGUCCGGUGAUUACGUGUGGUUUGUUCGUGUACGACUGGACGCUGCUGUACACGAUGAUUGGUGCCACCGCGACGUAUCUCAUCAUUCUAAUCCAGUUCGACGUAUCAUUCCCGAAUCUGGUGAACGUGAAUGGAACGACAUCGAACGGAUCUGCCGGAACAUAGACAAAGGCUCGGUACACACGUGGCUCUGUUACAGAAUCCACAAACUAAACGAUCGAUACCGCAGCUGGAAGAUUCCCAGCCAGCCGGCAACUGUCAAACAGAGGAUACGUUCGUUUCAAUUUGAACUGAAUUUCAGACACCUGUGAAAACAACGUCAUGUAGUUUUUGUUUUUUGUUACGUUUAGGUCGACUCCCCUGCGGGGAGUGAUGUUCGGCACACUAUCGGUGACAAUUUGACUGGCAAAACGAAAACCGCCGCAUGUUCGAGCUGUUGUACAUAGAAAGUACUUGUUUCUGUUAAUAAGUGUAUCGGCUUCGAUGUUUUGGUGUUUGGAUAACUUUUUAUUAAA